UGUAAUCUUCUAUAUAUUUUGCCCUUUUCUUCAUUUAACGGAGAUUUCAGUUCAGUUCAUAAUGUUUUCCUCUUACUAAUACAUAUAUCAGCAUAUAAAUACAGGGUUUUUGAUAAAUUUUAUUGAGCAAGAAAGAACCAGAUCGAUCAAACCAUGCCUCGUGGGUAUACUUUUGGUAGGGCUGAAGAAGCCACCCACCCCGACUCUGCCAGGGCCACCUUGGCUGAGUUUCUCUCCAUGCUCGUCUUUGUCUUCGCCGGCGAAGGCUCCGUCCUUGCUCUUGAUAAGAUGUAUAAGGAUACAGCCUUAGGAGCAUCAAGCCUGGUGGUCAUCGCUCUCGCCCACGCCCUGUCACUGUUUGCAGCUGUGGCUUCGAGUAUGAAUGUUUCCGGCGGGCACGUCAAUCCUGCCGUCACUUUCGGCGCACUUGUAGGGGGAAGAGUCUCUGUGCUGCGUGCUAUUUACUACUGGAUUGCUCAACUUUUGGGUGCAGUUUUAGCUGCUAUCUUGUUGAGGCUGGCAACUGAUGGCUUGAGGCCGCGAGGGUUUUCCGUGGCGGAUGGAGUAGGAGAAUGGAACGCUUUGGUGAUGGAGAUUGUGCUGACAUUUGGACUGGUAUAUACAGUGUACGCGACUGCAAUCGAUCCAAAAAGAGGAAGCUUGGGCACCAUUGCUCCUCUUGCCAUUGCCUUCAUAGUUGGGGCUAAUGUGCUGGUUGGAGGGCCUUUCUCCGGAGCAUCGAUGAACCCUGCUCGUGCGUUCGGGCCAGCACUUGUGGGAUGGAGGUGGAAAGACCACUGGGUCUACUGGUUGGGACCAUUCGUUGGUGCGGCUCUGGCUGGAGUUAUAUACGAGUUCGGGGUGAUACAAACCGAGACCCCGCACCCCACGCAUCACCUUCACCAGCCUUUGGCCCCAGAAGAUUACUAGUUUUACUUGGUAUUCUGAAUGAAAGAACCUGCAUGUUCGUGUUUAAAUCGUUUUUGCCUGUAGGGUUUGUCAAAAAUUGUGAUUUGUAUCGUAUAAUUCUGCUAUUCGAAAUUAAAUGUGUAAUAUUUGAAUCCAA